UAGACUGUGGUAAUAGUCGGCUUGCUAGGAGAAGCACACUGAAGGAACCAACACAAGUUGGCUCCAAUUUUUGUGAUUGCACCUUUAAUAGAUGGACGAUAUAAUUCCAAAUGAUUCAACUUUUAUCCUUUUUAUUGACUGACAAUAUCUUGAUGACUCAUUGAUUGCUACCAAUUGAUUCAAGGCUGCCUCAGGCUGAAGCACCAAGUCAAAGAAGGCACCUUCCCCCUAAACAAGGCACCCAGAGCGUGUAUACCAGAGGCUAAAGUGUACUUCUACCAGCCUUUUACAGGAAUCAGCUUGUUAUGACGAUCUACGAUGUAUAUGGAUGAAAAGUUUGAUCACAUGAGGAGCAGAGGUUUUCACUGAAUUGGUUGAUUUCCUAAGCUAAAAAGGAGUUGAAGCAACCUCUCAUCUCCUACAGGUCAUGUGAAGGACACAUGUCCAUGGAAUUAGCCUUUGAUCUGUAAAUGAAUCUGUUCAGAUUUUAUAAUCCAUUUUAGUACUUCUUUAAGGUAGGGCUUUUGAGCAGACUUGGCAUUUUGACUUGGAAAGCUGACACAUGACAAACCUCCGUGCCAGUAACUCAUGAGGGAUAACUAUUUCUGAAAAUGGACUGAAUAUAAGUUCCACUAGACCUCCAGAGACCCCCAGAGAGCCAGGAGGAGUAGCCCAGGCCGAGUCCUCGCAUCAUGGGUGAGUGGAGCUUCCUCAGCGGCCUCUUCGAUGCCCUCCAGGUCCACUCCCCCAUGCUGGGCCGCUUCUGGCUGCUGCUCAUGCUGGUCUUCCGCAUCCUAAUCCUGGGCACUGUCGCUGGUGACCUGUUCGAAGACGAGCAGGGGGAGUUUGCCUGUAACACCCUGCAGCCGGGCUGCAAGCAGGUGUGUUACGACGAUGCCUUCCCCAUCUCCCAGUACCGCUUCUGGGUGUUCCACAUUGUCCUCAUCUCCACGCCGUCCCUCAUCUUCCUCAUGUACGCCAUGCACCACCACAACAAGAGGACCACGCGGUUAAGCCAGCCAAGGUUCAGCCAGCUGAGCAGAAACGCCGCCAGGGAAGAGCGCCACCUCCGACAGCUCUAUGUUAUAAACGUGGCCUUCCGUUUGGUGACAGAAGUGGGAUUUCUGGUAGGUCAGUGGUGGCUGUACGGCUUCCGGGUGGAGGCCCAGUUCCCAUGCAGCCGCUUCCCAUGCCCCUACACAGUGGACUGCUUCGUGUCACGCCCCAUGGAGAAGACAGUCUUCCUCUGUUUCUACUUUGCAGUGGGAGUGGUGUCUGCCUUGUCCAGUUUCGUAGAGCUCCUCUACGCUUCAUUGAAGUGGUUCCGUCCCACCAGGGAGCAGCCCGAGGAGCAGGUAUGCGUCUGUCAGAACCUCCGGAACCUACAGCAGGAGGAGGCUGAGAGGGGGAUGGAGGAGGGGGAGGAGCAGAAAAGGAGGGGAAGGACCAUGUCCGAGGGUGGUGGUAAUAGCGUCAGAAUGAAGGAAGGGCCUGUGAGGGGCAGCGCAAGCAGGAAGGUGUCCAGCAUUGGACGUAAGAGCAUCGGAUACCAGGGCAGCAACCAGAGCACCAAGACCAGUGUUUCUCCUAUAUUCAUUUAGCAGAUGUGGAAAUUGUUGCCAUUGCUACAGAAAAUUAUGAUGGACUUUUUUGUUUUAAUAUAUGUUUCUGCCGAGACACACUUUUAAAUGGAUGGUCGUUGGCUCAAUGACUGGAAGUCUAUGGGAACAGCUAGCAUGUCAUUGCGCUAACGCUAGUAGAAAUGCACCCCCACUACCUUUGCCACCACUGCUGAAAAAAAUCCUUUGGGAAACACUGAAGACACAUUGUGUAAUUUAGAUUAAUUUGAAAGAAGUCAUAUUCAAUCAGACAGUGGAUUUGAGUACAUUUUGAUUUGAUUUAUUAUGAUCCCCAUUAGCCGACGCCAAUGGCAACAGCUAGUUAAUGCAUUGUUGGUAUUACUACAAUAACUGUAACUGCAGUAACAACUUCUUCCCUUUUCGAUUACAAGACGGGGAAAUGAGAGGAAAGGAAAUUGGCCCACACUUAAACUUAUUUGCAUUGGAUUUACACCAAUGAAGGCCCUGUGAUAGGCUAGUUCCUGUCCAGGGGGUGUAUUUGUCCUUCAAACUGCAUCACACUCACGCUACAGAUACAGGCGAUAGGCUCCUGCCCAGUGGGCCAUUCUGGCUUGGACAAGGCUACUUACUUACUUUACACAAAGGAAAGGAAAGUGAUGUAAUGUUAUUAGGGUACGUAACAGGUUUGCAAUUUCAUGCACUUGGAGUACUUAUUCAGUUUUUUGUUGUUGUUGGUAUUUAGACAUAAGUUAUUCCCCUAAAAUGAACAUAAAGGAAAUACUAUUUUCUCUAAUGUAAAGUGUAGCCGGAAAAGGUUUGUGUCAAUACUCCAUACAGGAACUGCUUGGAGACAAGACCUGUAAGGAAGUCAUAACAAGACCGAUUGGUCAACACUCAGCAGGAUGUAUGAACAACAGGGGGGACUGAUAUUUGGAGCAUGGACACAAAUAAUCUCUGAAGUGCGUACAGUAUUUGGCACUGUCAUAACCGUGGCUCCUUGGUUUUCAAUAAGACCUUCCUACAUGUUUAGAUUGAUGGUACAUCCAGCAAAUGUAUUUCAGGAUUCUUUUGUAUGGACAGUGAUAUUUUCCAAUGGCAUUCAAAUGUGCUGGAUUAUACCAAAGUAUUCUGCUGUUGGCGUUACAGCACUGUCUUAUUAAUCUUCAUCAAUUUUAUGCAGAACAAGAGUGAGUUAAAAUGAGGUGCAAUACAGAUCAAAUAACUUGAAUUUAAUAUACUGUAACUUGAUAUGUGUGGUUUGUAUGAAUCUAGCGUGCCAAAUAUUACCUAUAUGAGAUCCAUGGUUACAUAAUUGUAAUCAUUUAAUCACUGCUCGACUGAACCUUUGCACCUGUGGAAAGAGCUAGCUACAUAGUACUAUGCGAGGUUUUCCAUUGAGUGAGUUAAGAAUGUUGCACACUGUCUGAUACCAUCGGUAUUGUGAGACUGAGAAAUAUCUUUCACUGACAGUAUAAAAAAUGUAUUGUGUGUGAGUGUGCACGUGUGUGCAUGAAUAUGCACAAGGGUAUGCAAAGCUGUUUUUGUGACAUGGAAAUAAAGGUUUUAGAAUCA